UCGGCAUUUCUAUUGGUCCGUAAACAACCACGUCUAUAGGGUAUUUCCAUUGGAUUACCUAUCGCAGGUUCUCCUUCACAACAUCCUCCGUUUUGUCGCAACACAACAACACCAUGGCCUCAGCAGCCGAGAAAGAAUCUAGAGAUCUAGAAUCGCAAACUCUCGAUCUCCGGAAUUUUUACAACCUCUACGGGACCGCUAGAGCGCACCAUGAGCGCUUCAUCAACCAUCGCCAGGAGCAUGAGGAGCCAGUUAAUUUACUGCCACUCGAUGAGCUCAACAUCAAGUUAGAUAAGAUUGAAAAAGUUGUCGAAAUUCAGCGCGAAGUUCGAAAUAAGCCAAACUGGGAACUGAAUGCUAUUCAGUUUUGCUUUCUUCUUAACUUGCCGCUUAAAGAGCUGAGCGAACUUUGGAGCGUCCACAAGUGGAACCUUAAUGCGGUCGAACACUUGGAUAAUGUUGGCCCGCUCACGUCUUAUUUUCUUCAAAAGGCGAAAUAUGUUUCCACAAGGAGGAGCAGAGAUGGCUCAGAUGAGGACAUAUUCACAAGAAUUCAAACGAUACACGCGGAACUCAACAAAUUUGAUGCCAAGUCUGUUCGAAGAGACACCGCCGAGAGCAAACAAGGCGAAGAUAACGAUGGUGGCCGUUGUAUUGUCACCGGAGUUGCAAAUCCUGAAGUUUGCCAUAUUAUUCCAUUCGCUUUCAACAACUCUGAUAGGAACACUCAGAAGUCAGCUCUCCUUAAAAAGACCAUUCAUGCAAUGAUCAAUCUGAAAGAUGACAAGGACACAAUGGACGCUGUCGCCUUAUUAUACAAAGAAAAGCGCUCUUCGGACAAGCAAUGGAACAUGAUUUGUCUCAGCCCUUCAUUACAUACAUGGUGGGGGUAUGCUUACUUAGGUUUCAAAUGGCUUGGCUAUACGCCUACUGAUAACCCAGAGAUACAUGAAGUCAAGCUUCAGUUCCAUUGGAUGCCGCGGAACAUGAAGCGCGUCCCUACUGCGUCCUUUCAUACAAAGGAUCUCAAGAGCCUCGACCAGGAAAUCAAGCAUUGCUAUGGCAGCGAACCAUACUUAUGUGGGGAGCUAAACUGCCAAGCAUGUGAUGGAACUAAAGACAUUGCUGCGCACAAUGUUAAGAGCGGACGUCCUAUCAGAACUGGUGAUGUCUUCACCAUCCGGCGUAAGAUGGUUGACAUACCGCGCUGCCGCACUAUGUUUGACAUACAGUGGGCUAUUAUUACCUCAGCUGCUAUCUCGGGAGCAGCUCUAGUACCAGACGAGCUUGGAGACUUCAGUUUCCCACCGGGCGAUUAUUCUUUCUCGUAUGAGGACAUUAAGGACAAUGUUGAAGGAGAUGAGGAAACUCAAACAAGAGUACAAUCAUGGGUCGACCAGAACUCACCAGAGCCGCAACAAGAACUUUAGGCAAGUUCUCAGGUCCAAGUUAUCGGUGCAAGAUUCAACAGGAUGUCUAUUGGAACAGCAUCCAGUGCUAGCGGCGUGGCGACAAUUUAAUAGUAGAGCUACAGGUGGACUACGAUACUUUGGUCGGAUACCUGCUGUCGGCGAAGGAUGGGUUUUGAUAUGUAUGGUCUCCGGGAUCUGCCCAAGAGAAGAGGAAAUAAUUUGCUUGUACGGAAACGGAAUGUUCAGAUGGUCUUAACAUGUCCAAUAGGGCUCCUGGUUCGUCGGUGAGCAUGGAAUAAAAAUCGACGCAUAAUAUAUUGCACGGGCCCAUGAUGUGCUGGCGGGACGUAAUGGAUCCUUCUGACGAACUAUAUGUACUACCUUAUGUAUGUAAGUCAGAUACGAUCAGAUGCGGGUCAUUGCUGGAAAGAGCAUGCAUAUAGAGUAGUAUUUCACUUGAAAUAAUGGUUAUUGUUUUCCUUUUCGGUCUGGCCCUCGGUCAUGUAUGCCUAAUGGUUUCGUUUUAUUUAUUAAAGACGUUGUCGGUUUGAGUCGGUA